AAAUUCUGUUUUUAAAAAAAUAAUAUUAAUAAAAAUGAAUGUAGUAAUUUUAAAAUGUUUUUUACUGUUUGUUAUAAAAAUGAAAUAACAUAUUUUUUAAACAAUGAACAUAUCACACAUACUGUUUAAUAACUCAAGAAUUAAACAUUCAGCAAGGUUUUUAAAGCCACCCGGAUUCUUUAAAAGGGCUGAAAUGAGAGAGAAACCUCACAGGAGAACAGGGCCAUUUGAGAAUCCUGUGAGAAGGUUUGUUCGUCUCCGAGAGAAAGCAAGAUUGUUCUCACAACUUCCAGCUCCAAGACAUGUGCCAAUACCAAAGCCAAUACUACCAACUCUGCUAAAACCACUUGAAUAUGUACCCAAAGUAUCACCUGAAGUUUUGGAGAGAAGGCUUGAAUUCCUACUUGGAGAUAAAGCAAAGCAACAACAACUCCACGCAAAAAUGAGGCCAGGGUUAACUCCCUACCAGGCUGAGUUAUAUAUGUGGGAGAGACAAAUGAGAGACUUGAGGAGGGUAUACAGAGCUCAGUACUUCCAAAAACUCAACGAGGUGACUGAAGAGGAAAGACUUAGGCAAUACAAUCUGUACCUUAAAGAGACCAAAGAAAAAUUCGCUAAGAGAGAGGAAAUAAGAAGGUCAAUUCAUGAAGAAAAAAAGAGAAAGGCGAUUUUGAGGGACACUAUGGCAAUUGAAAAGAAAGUUACUCAAUCACUUGAGCUUGGUAGACUUUCAAGCAAAAAGAUCAAGAAUAUAUAUUGGCUAAAUAAGCUGCAAGGAGCCAUAAAUUAUGAUGAAGACAAAAAUAAUGUUAACAUAGAAGAUAUAAAUGUCGCGAAGCUGGCAAGUGACCUGGGACAUCCAGCGGAAGAUUCAAAGGAAAUCAGACAGAAGAUCAUGACGGGGAAUCUAUUUUUCAGAAAAAUACUGAAGGAAUCGUUCGAACUAAUGCCCGAGGAUAUGUUCAGGUACGAAGUUAUGGAUGAAGAGACACUCACACCAGAAGAAAGAGCAAAGUUAACAUAUGGAGUGCUAACAGAUGAGGAAAAACUCGAACUUCUGGAUAAGAAAAUCAACAUUCUUAACGAAAAAAUCGACCAGGACUCUAAAUUGAAGGGGAAAUCAAAAGAGAAUCUGUAUAUUCAGCUAAGAGAUCAUCUAGAAGCUGCAAAACUGGCAUAUCUGGAGAAAAGUGUAAAAUCAUGAUAGUGGAAAUUGUGUAACAUAUUAGACUUCUU